UAAAUACUUAAUAAAAUGAGUGUAUAUCUGAGCCAUAAAAACAGACAUGUCGCGUGACGUGAGAAAGAAUUAUAUAUUCAAUUUGAUUGAAAAUCACUUUGGUGAUGUUUCUGAUACAGCAAAACAGUUUGGGAAUGUUGCGGAAUUGAAUUCAUUUUUGGAUGAUGGGAAUACUACCGUCCUUACCGUUAUACAAAAUGCACCUAAAAGUAUUGUCUUUACAAACAAUCUCAAUGGAGAUUCCAAACAGCAAAAUUUACUUGUGUUUUACAAGUCACGACCAGAGCCAAUCACAGAUGAUAAUAUUCGCACAAAUAUUAUGAUGUCUACUAUGUCUGAUCCAGUGAAUGGAUUCUAUCAAAGUUUACAGAGGGUGUUUGGUCCUGUUUUGCUUCAAAAUACAAGAAACCUAGACCCAAAAUUGCAGCAAUUACUAGAAGAUUUGGAACGUGGAUUAGGAAACCAUAUCAGGAAAGGUGAUGCUUCCAGCAACUCAAAAUCUGCCAGAGACUCUGAUAUAUCGGAUAUUCUUGUCCCGAUGGACGAAGUUAAAUAUUGGGAAGAUCUGGCUAUGACUGGAUUACGUUUAGAGAUUAAAGAACGUGCACAAAGUUUUGUUGAGAUUUUGCAACCUCUAGCAAAGUUAUACUCAAAUAUUGACAGUCAUAGUCUGAACGAUGGGCCAGAGUUAAUUGCGCAGACGCAAGAUGCACUGGAUGAAAUAUGGAAACAGACCGAUGUUGAUGCUUAUCCUGAGCCUAGAAUGGUUCACUUUUUGGAAAUAAUUGGUAGUGAGUUGUGUCGCUUCAUACAAAGACGCUUGGGUACUUUGUUUAAAUCAGUUUGGUCAGAUUCAUACCCAAAUGUGAAAGAUGCUUUACGACAAUCAAUAACAAUGGGCGAACGUUGGUGCUCAACAGUUGAUAUCCUCACUGACCACAUGUGGAAACAAUAUCCACCUCACCCUUGGCAGUCGGGGAAAUUAAGACUUCCAUAUGUUGAAAAUGUCGUUGCAAGACUCAUUUCCAUCAGUGAGAUAAGAACUGUCAAUGAGCAGUUGAUGCAGCUUUUGUCUCCGAUGGAAAGAGAGCGACUUUCGGUUUCUGACCAGUUAGAGGAUUCUUUUAAAGAUGUUUCUUCUUUGUAUUACAAUGCUUAUACAGAGCCUGCUUACAAAGCUGCUAUUGCAAAUUAUCAUCGGGAUAUGCGGCCCGCAGAAGACGCUGUAGCAAAUAAGUUACGUCUUCGGUUAAAAAACACAACAGGACAAGUUCAUCAAUUGCUGCGAGAGUUCCAACAAUUCAGAGAGUUGAUAAAACGACCAAAUAUAAGUCAAGCACUUACUGCUGAACGAGAAACUCUCCUUGGACAAUUGAUGGACUAUAUCAAAACUUUGAAAAGUGAUUUUAAAUCGAAAUCUAAAAAUUCAAGUGAUCUUCCGAAAGGUAAAAACCUUCCUGAAGUUGUCAACAGUAUAGUUUGGAUUCAGCAGCAAGAAUCAAAAGUUAAGGAAUUGAUGAAGGCAUCUUCAGAACUUCUUGGAUCAUUACCGGGAUUUGAAAAACUAAAACAAGCUUGUGAAAAGCUUCAAGAGGACAUGGACGCUUACAAACAGGACCGAUAUCAAGGUUGGUGUGAGGAAAUGUUGUCUUCACUCAAUGAUCCAAACGACCCAGUAAGCAUAAGAAGUUCAAGUCGCGUAAUGGAAUUGGAUCACAGGGAUGGAAAACUGCAUGUUCAUUACAGUGAACGACUCGUUGGAUUGCUUCGUGAGGUUCGGCAAUUAGCGGCGUUUGGUUUUCGUGUACCGGGGAAAAUACAGACUGCUGUAUCAUAUGCACAACGAUUUUACAAGCACGCUGUCAUUCUCAAACAAGUUGCACAUUUUUACAAUACAAUUGACCAACAAAUGAUUCCAAGUCAGCGACCCAUGAUGCUCGAUUCUGCUCUCAAUUUUGAGAGAAUUAUUAAGAAACCGAAGGCUACUAGUAAGACAACACAGGAAGGAAAAUUGCAUAUUACAUGGGAUAAACCAGAAGAAUUGGAAGAAUAUAUCAAAAAACUGCAAUCUGCAGCACAGAAAUUGACAAUGGAAAACCGACAAUAUCGUAGACAACACAGCAUAAUAUGUGACAAAGUUGUAGCUUUGAUGACAAUCGAUUUAUUGCAAAACCAACCGAAAUGGAAAGAAUCAUUAUCUGAAAUGCGGCGGUCAAUCGGCGAUAUUCAACAAAAAAACAAUAUCAAUCCUUCAAGUAUGAAGCCCUGGAAAGCACACUGGAAUCGGCAACUAUACAAAGCUUUGGAACAUCAAUAUCAAAUGGGUUUAGAAGCAUUAAAUCAGAAUUUACCAGAGUUCAAGGUAGAUCUGGUUUUCAGACAAGAAAUGUUGCAAUUUAAGCCUCCAUUUGAGGAGAUCCGAUCACGAUUUUAUAAAGAAAUGAAAAAGUUCAUCAACAUUCCGAACAUUUUUCGUGGAAUGACAGAAACUGGUGAAGAUCCUGUAACAACUGGCCAAGCCGUAUUUCCAUUAAUGAUAGAUCGAAACGCUGAAGGUUUUUCUACUAUAUAUUCAAAAGCAGAAGAUUUGUUCAAGCGCCUUCUCAAAGUCAAAGAACAGUUUACAGAUUUGGUUAUUAUCGGACAAGUUCGGGUUGAGGAACUCGUAAAAAAACAUUGCAACACAUAUGAAGAAUACGAAAAAAAUUUCAGGAUGGUUAAACUGAAAGGAAAGGAGGUUGAAAAAUUGCCCACUUCGUUCAAAGUAGAUUGUAUAUCGGUUUCUGCAACACCAGUCAAAACAUCUAUUGAUGACCAACUUCAACGUUUGUUCGACGCACUGCUUGAUGGAUUGAGAGAAACUGUGACAUUGACUGUAAAAGAAAUUGAAGCAUUUGUAAAUGAUGCGUCGGAAUCAUUAAAUAAAAUGCCUCAGACAGUUGAGGAAAUUGGAGAAGCAAACGAAAAGCAUACAAAAUUGAGAAACGACCUUCCAACAAUGCAAGCUAAAUAUGAAAAAGCAGAAAAAUUCAACACUCUUUUGCGUAAAAUGUGUGGUGAAGGAGUAGGACAAGCAUUGGCAUCUUUGAGAUCAAAAUGGGAUACCUUGGACGUGAUGAUGGAGUCACACCACGAAGUUAUCCAGGGUCAAAUUGCCGUAAUGAAAGCUGGAAUUGAGACCAAAGUCCAAGUAUAUUGUACAGAUCUAGAAAAGUUUUCUCAACGUUGGAAACAACUCAAACCAGGUGAUGAUAUUAUCGAAUCUGGAGAUAGAUCAAAGUUCACCGCUGCAAUUGAUGAUAUAAAAAGUCGAAAGGAAGAAUUCACCGAUUUACAGAAUCGAAAAGAGAAAUUGAUUCAAGAGUGUCAACAUUUUGACAUUUCGCCACCAGAUUUAUCUGAAGUCGAUGAACUUCGUGUUGACAUAGAAGGGUGUGAGGCCAUUUGGUUAUUAUAUGAAGAUUUUAGUAACGGACUUGAAGAAAUGUCGAAACAGGACUGGAUCUCAUUCAGAAGUAAAUCUCACAUGCUUGAUGAUUUUUUGACCAGUUGGGAUGAUAGACUACGUCAAGAUCCGUCAACAAUGACUAUUAAAAUACAAGAGGAAGUUGCUACGUACAAAGAAUUGGUACCUGCGUUAAAAUAUGUUCGUGGCGAACAUUUAUCACAAGACCAUUGGAUUGAUUUAUUUCAAAUUAUUGGUUUACCUCGAGGAACUACAUUAGAAAAAUUACUUUUCAAGAAUAUUUUAUCUGUAGCAAAAAAUAUCAUUUCAAAAGUAUCUGAAUUGAAAGAGUUGAACAGCAGAGCACAGGGAGAGGUUUCAAUUCGAGAAGCUCUGAGAGAUCUUGAUAAAUGGGGUGCAUCUGCUGUUUUCACUCUCACUGAUUACCAAGAUUGUGAAGGUAAAAGUUUACGAAUUAUUAAAGAUUGGAAGGAAAUUGUAAACGAGGUCGGAGAUAACCAAUGCUUAUUGCAAUCUCUGAAAGAUUCACCUUAUUUUAAAGGCUUUGAAGAUCGUGCCACUAGCUGGGAAACUAAGCUCGCACAAUUAGAUGAGUUUUUGCAUAAACUAAACUCAAUACAACGCAAGUGGGUUUAUCUGGAACCGAUUUUUGGGCAUGGUGCUCUACCACAAGAGCAGAGCAGAUUUGGACGAGUAGAUCAAGAGUUUCGUGCUAUUAUGUCUGAUAUAUCUCGAGACAAUCGUGUUGUAUCUCUAGUUGGGCGUUCGGGAAUGCAAUCUCAAUUGACAACAAUGUUAGAUCAGUUGCAAAGAUGCCAAAGGUCAUUAAACGAAUACCUUGAGGAGAAAAGAGAUUCAUUCCCUAGAUUCUAUUUCAUUGGUGAUGAUGAUUUGUUGGAAAUACUUGGUCAGUCAACAAAACCAACUGUGAUACAAUCCCAUCUCAAGAAACUUUUUGCUGGUAUCCAUCGUGUUGUGUUUGACGAUGACCAGCAAAACAUAAAAUCAAUGUGCAGUCUUGAUGGUGAAAUUGUCGACAUGAAAUCAGCAAUAAGACUCACUACUAACGUUGAAGAAUGGUUGGAAGAUCUAUCAAAAGGAAUGAAAGACACUUUACAUGAUUUGUUGUACAAGUGUGUUGGAAUUUUACUUGGCAAUAAAGGAAAUUUAGAUCCAUCGCAAUUUCCGUCACAAGUGUUAUGCAUUGCCGAACAAGUGCGCUUUACGGAACGCUGUGAGUCAGCUCUGAGUAAUCGUGAACUACCAAAUUUCAAAAAUGAACUUAACAAGCAAUUGCAAUCCUACACAUCUGUAUUUGUAAGCUCACAAGACCAAGAUGACGAUUCCCAAGUAUUAAAAUUGAAGCUCAAAGCUUUAAUUCUUGAUAUUAUUCAUUGCAUAGAUGUUGUUUCACAGCUAAUGGAAGGGAACAUCAGCUCAACAUCUGAAUGGAUGUGGCAAAAGCAACUUCGCUAUUACAUAAAAUCAAAAGCUGGUAUUAUGCGAAUGGUCGAUGCCGAAUUCGCAUACACAUAUGAAUACCAAGGUAACGCACCUAAAUUGGUCCAUACCCCAUUGACUGAUAAAUGCUAUUUGACUUUAACACAAGGAAUGCGACUGGGCCUUGGUGGAAACCCAUAUGGCCCUGCUGGAACUGGAAAAACUGAAUCGGUGAAAGCUCUUGGUGGACUGUUUGGACGACAAGUUCUUGUAUUCAAUUGUGAUGAAGGUAUUGAUGUGAAAUCUAUGGGUAGAAUUUUUGUCGGACUGGUGAAAUGUGGAGCUUGGGGAUGUUUUGAUGAAUUUAACCGAUUAGAAGAAGCUGUACUUUCAGCUGUUUCUAUGGACAUUCAAGUUAUACAAGCUGCAUUGAAAAAAAAAGCACAGGUUGUGGAACUACUCGGCAGAAAGGUUGAUAUCGACCCAAAUUCUGGUAUUUUCAUCACUAUGAACCCGGCUGGUAAAGGAUAUGGAGGACGUCAAAAACUUCCUGACAAUUUAAAGCAACUAUUUCGUCCUGUAGCAAUGUCUAGGCCAGAUAAUGAGCUAAUCGCAGAAGUCAUUCUAUUCUCUGAAGGAUUUCAGGAGGCAAAAGCAUUAGGAAGGAAACUUGUAGCGGUUUUUAAUCUCUCACGUGAACUUUUGACCUCACAACAGCACUAUGAUUGGGGUCUCCGAGCUUUGAAAACUGUACUCAGAGGAAGUGGACAAAUGUUGCAAACAUUGAGAACUGAAAACGGUCAAGGCGAGGGUGGAGCAUUGGAUAUAGAAAAAGAAAGCCUAGCUGUCGUACAAGCACUGCGUUUAAAUACUAUUUCAAAACUGACGUUUUCUGAUAGUGAGCGAUUCGAUGCGUUGGUAAAAGAUGUUUUUAAGGGUGUGCCUUUUGUGGGCGUGUCUCAAGAACAACUCAAGGAUGCAAUCAAGCUCACUUGUGAAGAAAUGAAAUUAUCAUUACAAGAACGACAAGUUAAGAAAACGUUGGAACUUUAUGAGCAAUUGAAACAGAGAAUGGGAGUAGUUGUUGUCGGUCCGAGUGGCUCCGGAAAAUCAACUUUGUGGCAAAUAUUGCAAGGCGCCUCAGCAAAACUGGGACAAGUCAUCAAACUUCACACUGUCAAUCCUAAAGCAAUGCCACGUACACAAUUACUUGGACAAAUCGAUAUUGAUACCAGAGAAUGGUCAGACGGUGUUUUGACCAACAGUGCAAGAGAAGUGAUUCGUGAAGAUAGUGAUGUGCAUUCAUGGAUCAUCUGUGAUGGUGAUAUUGACCCUGAGUGGAUCGAGUCUCUGAAUUCUGUUUUAGAUGACAAUAGGUUAUUGACUAUGCCAUCGGGAGAGAGGAUCCAAUUUGGACCGAACAUAAAUUUUUUAUUUGAAACUCAUGACUUGAGCAGUGCAUCGCCAGCUACAAUUUCUCGAAUGGGAAUGAUCUUUUUAAGUGAUGAGGACGCAGAUGUCAAAGCACUCGUUCAUACUUGGAUGCAAAAACAACCAGAACAUCUUCAUCUCAAACUUGAAUCAUGGUUUGAAGAUUUUUUUUAUCGUGCUCUUGACUGGGUUCGAAGGUCAAAUGAUAUGGUUGUUGAAUCUAGUUUAGUUGGUAGCGUCCUAAAUGGUCUUUCCCAUUUGCAUGGUGUAAAAACUAAAACUGGAUUUUUGGUUGCAUUAUUGAAAGGACUAGGGGGAAAUUUAAGCACAUCUGCCAGGGAAGAUUUUGCGAAGGAAAUAUUUCAAUGGGGUCAUGAGAAUUUACCAGAUCAAAGACACCCACUGAAUGCCUACUAUAAUGAAGAUCUUGAUACUUUGGAUUGCUUUAAAGUUGAUUUAUCUCAGGCUGAAUCUUUUGCCAGUGACAUUCAAAACAUGGAGGAAUUGCCUGUUGUGAAAACUGUCGAAAUGCAAAGAAAUAUUGACUAUGUUCUUCCAUGGUUACAAAGCGGAAAUCGACAACCUUUUAUGGUCGUCGGACCUGAUGGAUGUGGCAAGUCUAUGCUUUUAAAGGAAUGUUUUUCACGAAUUCGGUCAACUCAAGUUGCCAUGAUUCACUGUAAUGCACAAACAUCUCCUGUUCAUUUAGUUCAAAAACUGCAACAAGCUUGUAUGACUAUAAGUGGCGGAGCUUCUGGAGGUCGUACUUUGCGUCCCAGGGACUGUGAAAACCUAGUACUCUAUUUAAAAGAUAUCAAUCUACCGAAACCUGACAAGUGGGGCACAAGCCAACUUAUUGCAUUUCUGCAACAAAUUUUAACAUAUCAUGGAUUUUACGAUGAGACGAAUGAGUGGGUUGGUCUGGAUGGAAUACAAAUCGUUGCAUCUAUGAAUGCUGCAAGUACCUUAGGUAGGCAUAAGCUUACCUCACGUUUCACAUCUCGUGUGAGAAUCAUUAGUGUUGACUAUCCCGGGAGUGAUGAAUUGUCACUAAUUUAUGGUGCCUAUUUAGGACCGAUAUUACAUCAUGACGCAGUGUUGAGGCAGCAUCCUGUUUGGGGAUCAAGAGCAAAAAUCCAACAACUUGCAUCGUCUAUGAUUCGAAUUUAUGAAGAAGUGAGAUCAAAUUUUUUGGCAGAUGAUCAUGGUCAUUAUGUUUUUACUCCGAGAGAUCUAUCUCAGUGGUGUACAUCUUUGCUGCGUUAUGAUGAUAACAGCGUGAGUGGUUCGGAUAGCAGAAGCGCCGAUGCUCUACUUAGAGUUUGGGCAUAUGAGGGCGCUAGACUUUUCCGUGAUCGAAUUGUAGACACGAGAGGACGUCAUCGUUUUGAUUCUAUAAUUUCUGGAAUAUUAAUGAACGAUUGGUCUUCGAAUGUUUAUGAAAACAUGAAUAAGAGUUACUAUGUGACUUGGGGUGCCAGACAAGAAUCACACAGUGAUAAAUUUCUUCCCAAACAUGGAAAACAACUUGGAAACCUCGCAGUGUCUGAUUUGAAAGACAUAAUAUCUAAAGGCAUUGCUACAUACAAGCGAGAUGUACGAGAAAUUGAUAUUCUGGUUUUUGAAGAGGUUUUGGAGUACAUGGCACGAGUUGAUCGUAUUUUGACUCGCCCUGGAGGCAGUUUUCUUCUAGCUGGUAGAACAGGCGUCGGUCGUCGAACUGCUAUCUCUGUUGUCGCCAACAUGCACCAAAUGACUGUCUUUACUCCUAAAGUGACCCGGAUAUAUGGCAUGAAGCAAUUUAAAGCUGAUAUUAAAAGUCUAAUGCAACUUGCAGCCAUUGAGGGAGAGCAAGUCGUUCUUAUACUAGAAGAUUUUCAACUGGUUGAUCCUGCUUUUCUAGAACUUAUCAACAGCUUGCUAUCGGCAGGUGAGGUCCCUGGUUUGUAUGCCUCUGAGGAGUUGGACCCGCUUCUUUCCCCAUUACGAGAUGAAGCAUCACAAGAUGGACAUCGAGGACCAAUGUAUAACUAUUUUGCAAAACGUGUGAUGAGUAACCUUCAUAUUGCUUUAAUAAUGGAUGUUGAUUGUGAAAGUUUUGCGAUCAAUUGUGAAAGCAAUCCUGCGUUGUAUAAGAAGUGUACUGUGCAGUGGAUGGAAGGAUGGGGAAAGACAAGUAUGGAACAGUUACCAGAAAUGUUACUCAGCCAUGAAUUACCAGCAGAUUCGAAACUGAACAAAAGUUUGGUUCAAAAUUUUGUGAAAAUUCAUAAUUCGACCAAGCGCCAAAAUCAAUAUUCGACUCCUCGAAGGUACAUGACAUUCUUACGUACUUACCAAAGUGUGUAUUUAGAGAAGAAACAUUCACUCCAGAAAAAGCAAUCCCAUCUUCAAGCUGGUUUGUCCAAAUUGAACGAAGCAGCAUCUCACGUGGAUAGCUUGAAGCAGAAGGCCGCAGAUCAAAGUCGUCUUCUUGCAGAGAAACAAAAUGAAGCAGAUACUGCACUUAGAGACAUCACAGUGAAAAUGGAUAACGCUAGCGGACAAAAAAGUGAAAUGGAAGUUUUAAAACAAAAAGCAGCAGAGGAGAGAAUGAAUAUUGACAAGAGGAAAAAGGCGAUUGAUAUUGAAUUACGUGAAGUGCAACCACUUAUCGAAUCUGCUAAAAAAGCUGUUGGCAAUAUCAACCCCACCACACUUGCAGAAAUUCGAGCUCUGAGAAUGCCUCCUGAUACCAUCAGAGAUAUUUUAGAGGGAGUUUUACGUCUCAUGGGUAUUUUUGAUACUUCUUGGGUUAGUAUGAAGAGUUUUCUCGCAAAACGUGGAGUGAAAGAAGAUAUCAUGUCUUUUGAUGCUCGUAGAAUAACUCCUGAAAUUCGUGAGUCAGUUGAUGAGUUAUUGGAACGCAACAAAGCAAGCUUUGAGACAAAAAAUGCAAAGCGUGCAUCUACUGCUGCUUUACCACUCGCUGAAUGGGUCAAGGCAAAUAUAAAAUUCUCAAAAGUACUUGAAAAAAUUGAACCACUUGAAAAAGAGCAAGAAAAACUGCAGAAAAGUCUGGAAAAAGCAGAGUCGCGCACAAGAAAAUUGGCAGAAAAACUGAAAGUUGUGAACCAGGAAGUGCAGGAAUUGAAAGAUCGUUUCGAACGUGGAACUAUGGAAGCUGCUAAACUAAAAGUGGAUUUGGAUAAAGCAAACGAAACUAUUACAGCUGCAGAAACACUCGUAAGUAAAUUAUCUGGCGAAAGAGAUCGUUGGAACAUACAAGUUAAAGCUCUUUCAUUUGAGCUUGAAACUUUGCCUGCACGGGUACAACUUGCUGCUGCAUUUAUCAACUAUUUGGCAGCUGCACCUGAAGAUGUUCGUAGAGAACGGCUGGCUGAUUGGCAAGAAAUUACUGGUAUGCAAGGAUUUGAUGUUCGUCGAUUUAUGAGCACUGAAAGCCAGCAGUUGGAAUGGAAAUCUGAAGGUUUGCCAUCAGAUAACCUAUCACUCGAGAAUGCUCUUGUUAUAUUACAUGGAAAACUCCAACCGUUUUUGAUUGACCCUUCAUCCAGAGCAACCGAAUGGUUGAAAAUUCACCUUAAAGAUACAAGACUUGAAGUUAUCAAUCAGCAAGAUGCAAAUUUUGCUAAUGCUUUGGAAUUGGCUGUUAGAUUUGGCAAGACACUCAUUAUUCAGGAAAUGGAUCAAGUAGAACCUAUUUUGUAUCCGUUGUUGAGGAAAGAUUUAGUCAGUAUGGGACCACGAUAUGUUGUCCAGUUGGGAGAAAAAACUGUUGAUUAUAAUGAAGAUUUCAGGCUUUUCAUGACAACAAGAAAUCCUCUUCCGGAUAUUGCUCCUGAUGCUGCAAGCAUCAUCUCAGCGAUCAAUUUUACGACUACAAGAGCAGGAUUGACGAGCCAACUUUUGGCGCUAACACUUCAACAUGAAAAACCUGAGUUAGAGCACAAGAAAACAGAACUUUUGGCAAAUGAAGAGAGACUGAAAAUUGAACUUUCAAAAUUGGAGGAAAGCCUAUUGGAACAACUUGCCGAAGCACAGGGAAAUAUCCUUGAAAAUAAAACACUACUUGAUAGUUUGAAUCAGACGAAGAGCAGUAGCAACACGAUCACAGAGUCUCUUAAAGAAUCACAGGAAAUGGAAGUAUCUUUAGACCAAGAAAGAAAUGCAUUUUUGCCUGUCGCUGAAGCAGGAAGCAAAAUGUUUUUUGUUAUCAGCGAUUUAUCAAAAAUUAAUAACAUGUAUCGUUUUAGUCUGUCUUCAUUUUUACGACUCUUUGAGAAAACUCUCGAGUUGAAAUCUGACUUUGAAAAUACUGAAGCAAGGAUUAAAUCACUCAGCAAUCGUUUGCAAUCUUUGGUUUAUGAAAGUAUAUCCCAGUCACUUUUUAAAGCUGACAGAUUGAUGUUUGCAUUGCAUCUAGUUCGAGGAACAAAACCAGGACUUUUCAAAGACAAGGAAUGGGAACAUUUCCUAGGGCUGCUUGUUUCUGGUAGAGAAAUGAAUGGAGAAAACAAGAAGAAGGUGCAGGGUGAAAUACCUAUAUGGAUUGACCAGGAGAGGCAUCGUGCAGUUUCUCAACUGAAAGCAAAUUUUCCCUCACUCUAUCAAACUAUGAAUUUGCAAGACAGUGGAUUGUGGAUGACAUUUUCUCGUAGUUCAAAAUGUGAGCAAGAGAUACCGACAAGUGUUGCGACCAAGACAUCAAAUUUUCAGCAUUUGUUGAUAGUGCAAGCAUUGCGUUCUGAUAGACUGCAAAGUGCUAUGUCACUUUUUGCAUCUCAAGCCCAUGGUGUUCGUGAGCUUUCAUCACCAGGCGGUAGUCUUAAACAGAUAUAUGAUGAUACAUUACCAACUGAACCAGUUUUAAUUGUGAUAUCCCCAGGAGCAGAUCCUUCUCAAGAACUACAAGAAUUAGCAGCUGCCACUAUAGGUGCAGAAAAUUAUUUCCAGGUCGCCAUGGGUCAGGGACAAGCUGACAUAGCCAAACAACUCCUCAAAGAAGCAGCGAGAAGUGGUCACUGGUUAUGCCUAAAGAAUUUACAUUUAGUAACAUCUUGGCUGCCUUUGCUUGAAAAGGAGUUGAAUUCCUUAAAACCUCAUGAUAAUUUCAGAUUAUGGCUUACUUCAGAAGUUCAUCCUAAAUUUCCAACAAUUUUACUUCAAUCCAGCUUCAAAGUUACAUAUGAGUCGCCUCCUGGAAUUAAAAAGAAUUUGUUGAGGACGUAUGAUAGCUGGAGCUCUGAUUUUGUUAACGGAACAUCAGGAAAAUCAUCAAUAGUUCGAUCACAAGCAUUAUUUGCUCUUGCUUGGCUUCAUGCAGUCGUUCAAGAACGUAGAAAUUUCAUUCCACAAGGCUGGACCAAAUUUUAUGAAUUUUCUCUUGGUGAUUUGCGGGUAGCUGCGGAUGCUGUCGACAGGCUUUGCAGUGGACAGAAAGUGCAUUGGGAUUUCAUGCACGGGUUGAUGGAAAAUGCAAUCUAUGGUGGACGUGUGGAUAAUAAUUUUGACAUGCGUGUGCUCUCUUCUUACUUGCGUAAGUACUUUGAUUCUGGAUUACUUUCUGGCGGACAGAGCAGGCGGAAAUUGGUAGGAAAUGUAUCACUACCUUCGUCCACAAAUAUCCGAGACUAUAUUGAAACUAUAGAAUCAUUGCCUGAUGAUGACCAACCCAAUAAUUUUGGUCUUCCUGCAAAUAUUGAAAGAUCAGCUCAAACGGUUGUCUCACAGCGAGUUAUCUCGCAACUAAAAAUUAUGAUGCGAUCUGUUGAAGUUGGUGGGAAAUUUGAUCGUGAGGCAUGGAGCAAUGAAUUGAGUCCUGUUUUAGGUAUGUGGAAAAAGCUUAACCAGGGAACUUCACCAAAUUUAGUUCAUCAAAAAGUAGAAGCACCGUCCGGUGCCAAAAAUGAUUCUCCUGUGUUGGCCUUCAUAUUACUUGAACGUUACAAUGCCAUUCAGCUUGUUCAAACAGUUCAUCAAUCCUUAUCUGCCUUAAGCAAGGUAAUAAGAGGAAGUCAAUUGUUGUCAACAGAUGUGCAAAAAAUGGCUAAUUCUCUAUUAUUGCAAGAAACACCUUUGAAAUGGCAAGCUGGGUGGGAAGGCCCAGAUGACCCUAUGCAGUACAUGCAUACGAUUAUUGCAAAGGCUAUGGCUAUUCAAGGAUGGGUAUCUAAGGCCGAACGUGGUACUAUUUUAAAAGAAGACCUAGACCUCGCAGAUUUGUUUCAUCCGAACACAUUUUUGAAUGCUUUGAGGCAACAAGCAGCUCGUGAUUCUAAAACAUCAAUGGAUGAACUAAAGUUUGUGUGUUCAUGGAAAGGCAGCCUUACAGGAGCAAAAGAUCCAGUACGUAUUGGGGGACUUCAGCUAGAAGGUUGUACUUUCGAUGGAAAUCGUUUAUCAGAAAAUCAACGUGAUUCACCGACUGUUUCAUCAAUUCCACCAUGUCAUGUGGCAUGGGUUCCAAAGCAGUCUCCUGCACCAUACCCCGAAUCUGAUGUAAUUUCCUUACCUGUAUACACAUCUUCUACCCGUGAAAGUAUUGUAACUUGUCUUGAUGUCCCUUGUGGAGGCAACACAACUACUUGGGUUCAGUCUGGUGCAGCAUUGUUUUUAAAACAGCGCUAGCAAUAUCAUAAGAAACUCCUAUUUAUAUUUAAGUUUGGCCUGCUUGGAAAAAUUUUUCGCAAGUUUAUUUGUUUCACAACUACAUACAGAUGUUAUAAAAAUAACAAUACCCUAUUAUUCACAAAAUGUUCUGAUAAAAGGUUCCUUAGAAUUUAUUGUUAAAUCAUAAAACAUUUUUGCUAUAAAAAGUAUGUUUAAAUAGUAUUGUUUUGUACAAUACAUUUUGUUUGAUUGUGCUAACAUCGUCAAGAAAUGAUUAUGUUGUCUGCUGUUAUCUGUUUGUAUAAUUUCCAGUGUGUCCGUUCUAAAACACAUUCGUCACAAGCAUGAUCAAUAUUUAUAUUAGCUUCAGUGUUUCAAAUGUGUUGUAUUAUGUAGAAUUUUUGUAUAUUUUGUUCACCUUUCUACCAUUUAAAUGCUGUAAUUUCAAUUUGUGAAGUAGGAAAUUCUAACUUGUUUUUUGGUAGGCAUGAAAUAGCAUAGAUCGUCAUGUCCUUUGUCCCAAACUCGUUUAUAAAUAAGGCAGUUGUGUGGUUGAAAUAUGAAAGAUAUGAUAAAUGUUCAGGCUAAUGGCCAAGCUAUACAGUAUACUAUAUAUCUAACAAUUGUAUACUCAUUGAAUGUGUCACUGACUUUUUAAAAUAAAUUCCAAUUAAUUUUUUGUAUCAAAUAUUUUUUCUCAUUUGUAAUCUUUUCGAAAGUACAUAAUAGUCAUAUAUGGUAAUACUUAAAUAUAUAUAAAUACAUGUGAAAUAUAUUUUCAUAUCCUAUAUUUUUGGAAAAACAAUUUUUUUUUUAUGUAUAUGUGCAUUUAUAUGCUUAACACUGUUGAUCAACACUAUCAGUUCCCAAUCAAUUGUUACUGAAUAGUUCAGAAAUAAAGGAAUUUAAAGAUGUGUAUUUUGGGAACCAUCGUACAAGCAAGUUUUAGGAUGAUUGUUUAGAUUUGGAUCUGAUAUUGUUGAUUACAUAUACUAUAGAAUUGUUCUGCUCUUCAAUUUUGAUUCAAAUUUAUUAGUAUUCAUUAAUUCAUAUGGAUUGAAACUUAUAUCAUAUUUCGCUUAUUUGAAUCAGUUAUAAUUUUGUUAUACUUAUCUACAAUUAAAGUCAAAUAUUUUAAAGGGAUUUUGUUUGGUGAAAACAUACUCAUGAAUUAUAAUAAUUUUAUUUAAAUUUCGGAAUUUACAAAAAUAAACAAUUUCAAUUAUGUGAAUUUCCAAAAUGGUGAAUUUCCCAAUAUUAAUAUUUUUAAAUUUAGCUUAAAUGGAAUUUUUAAUGAACACUAUUGUCGGCAACUGCUGGUGAAUAUACUGCAUUUCUUGCAUACAUGCGCAAGUAAAUCUAACGCUCAAUUUUAAAUGGUACCAUACAUUCACGAAGUUCACUCAAACUUUUUUUUAUAGAUUAGUUGUACUUCGUUUAAAAUACUAUUCUGUAAUAUAGUGUGAAAUAGUAUAGUCGUGCUGGUGUAAUAAAAUUAGC